CCGAAACAGCUGUAAUGUAAAUUACAUUGUUUACCAUAAUAUUGAAAUGUACAAAUAUUAUUUAUUGUUAUUGACUUAUGUUUUGAUUAAACCAUACAAUGCUCAAAAACAUUUGUAGGCUCUGUGGCAAAAAUGCCGCCGUACUAAAUUCAUUAAACAUUUUUGAAAAUAAAAAUGUUCUUUGGAGCAUUCAAGUCCUUACUGGAUUAAUCUUGGAAAAUGUAAAGUGCUUACCGGAACUUAUAUGUAUUGGAUGCCAGACAGAAUUGCGCGAAGCGAUUGAGUUCAGUGAUAAGGUAAUUGCAGCGCAGCAGAAGCUUCUUUUAGCGUUAACUGAGGACGAGCUACAAGAAGUAUCCGAGGAGUAUAAGACAUCCGUAACGGAACUAGCUGUCAACAGUUGCGAGAAAUCAAUAAAUAGAAACCACCUUGAAACUCACGACGAGCAGGAUGAGGAGUCGAUCAUAGAACCCAAUUUAAUUGCUGACGAGAUUAUUAUAGAAGAACAAGACAAACAUGAAGACUUAUUGGAAUACGAUAUAAUAAUAGAUGAUGAGACAAUCAUACAUAAGGCUGAACUAGACGUUGGAACUUUGGAAACAAUAGAAAAUUUUGAUGAUGAAGACCAAUGUGUAAUCACCAACGAAACCAAUGAGAAUAUAUCGGCCGGAGAUUACAUCGUGCCUGUUCAGGAGUGGAAGGAUGAAUGCAUAGUAUUAACCAGGGAUUCCAACGAUGAAAUUGUAGUACCACAAACUACAGUUAAAAACAAACGAGGUCGAAAACGACUCGGUAAUCUAAUAUUCAUUUGUGAUGAAUGUGGUAUUCAUAUAUCCGGACGCAUGGCCUUCGACUUGCACUGCAGACGACAUCGUGGUGACAAGCAGUUUGAAUGCUCCAUUUGCCAGGAUAGAUUUUGCACAAGCUCGGAACUAAAGAGCCACAUGCGUAAGCACACCGGGGAACGUCCCUUUCCCUGCCACUAUUGUGAUCGCUACUUUGCGGACAAUAGUACGCGGAUUAAGCAUGAGCGGACACACACCAAUGAACGACCAUAUGCAUGUGAGAGCUGUGGUAAGGCCUUUACGACCACCUACAUACUUAAGAAUCAUAUGCUUACCCAUUCUGGGGAACGUGCUUUCAGCUGCGAACCGUGUAACAAAACCUUUAGAAGACAUACUCAUCUCGUCACUCAUUGUCGGUCCAGAGCUCACAAACGUAAACGAGAACGCCAAAGCAAGGAAAUGUUAAAUACAAGUUAACUUGACUUAAAUAGGCAUGACUAUACUUUAAUGGUACAAACAAAUGUAUGUACUUCCAUUAUAGAGUCACGAUAAUGUAAAUUAAUAAAAC